AACUUACAGGUUACCCUAGUUUCAGUUUGUCAUAGUCUUUUGAUAAGAAGACUUCAAGUUAGAAAGUAUGUGAGCUGGUUCUAUUUUUAACAGUUUUAAUUUACCUAGGAAAAGGUAUUAUAAUUUCUAUAGGCUGUUCGACCUAGAUAUUUUGUCGGACUUUAGGAAUACAACAACAAAAAAAUCUUUUCAAUUUUCAUUAAUCAUUAUUGAUCAAUCUAGAGUUCUAUUUUUCUGAUUGUCAUUAAGGGAUACAAAUCGAUAUCUUUUAAUUUCGUUGUAAAGUAAUAAAGCUUUGAGUUUUGUUUAAAAAAAAGGGUGACGCCCAGCAAGAUGAAGAUAUAUCUUGCCUUCGUUCUCCUUUUGAGCGCUACGUUUGCGCUCAGCCAGCCGGCAUACCAGGAAGAGGUCGAUGCGAAUGAAUUUGCCGAGUUUGAAGAUUUUGAAGAAGAAGAUGGGAAAAUGGUCGAAGCAGAAGCAGCGCCGAAUCUACAAAUGGUGAAAGAAUCCGCAGAAGAUGAAGAUGGCGAUGGUUACAUAGUUGAGGAUGAAGACAAUGAAUUUGAGCAUUUUCAAGAUGAAGAAGAGUUUGAAGGAUUCGAUGGUGUCGGAGUGCCAACCAAGGUUGAUGAAAAAGAAGCUCCAAAAAUUACCAUUACAAAGGUACCGCUUCAUUUCCGUUCUAAUUGGGACAGUUUUUAUCUUGAAAUGUUAAUGAUCGCCGGUUUAGCAGUGUACUUUAUCAAUUUUUUUACCGGCAAAGCCAAAAACAGUAAAAUGGCGAAUAUUUGGUAUUCCACUCAUAAAUCUAUGCUCGAGGAAAACUUUUCCCUCGUCGGUGAUGAUGGAAAAAUGGAAAUUGAAUCCAGAGGUUUAAUUAAAGAGUCAGAACAUCUUUAUACUCUCUGGUGCAGUGGUAGAACUUGCUGCGAAGGGAUGCUGGUGGAACUUAAGUUUAUCAAGAGGCAAGACCUUGUCGCUGUAAUUGCUCAGUUGAUGAAGCCAGUUAUCGAUCAAGUUCAUAUAAAAGUAGAAAUGGGUAAAGACGAUAUGGACUCAUUUGUAUUUUGUGUUGCGUCUAAGAAAACUGCUGCUCGGUUUGCAAAAGAUAUGGCAGAUUUGAGUGUAUACUGCGCAGAAAGGAAAAGUGGCGAGAAAUUAGGUUUACCAAGUCAAUUUAGCGUGAUGUCCGAAAUCGGCGAAGUGACUCAAGCAUUGCUGGAUCCAAAAAUUACAGCAAUGCUUACCAAGCAUGUAGAUCUAAUUGAUUACAUACACUUUUCUGAUCAAUAUUCUGGACCAAAACAGCAAGAAGACACCAAUGUUACUAAGUUACAAGCGACUGAAAAAGUACUUCUUUUUGGAUUUAAUAUUCCCGUCAAGGGUCACACUACUCAGGACGCAAUCGAAUCACUUAAGCCUUUGAUGCAUUUGGUUUUCUACUGUAUGGAAAAAAUAAAACGUUAUAGAUUAAGCAGAGAGGGAAAAAAUAAGGCUGACAAAAAUAGACUGAAGGUAGAAGAGGCCUUUUUAAAGACCACACACGCAGCAAGAGCUGAAGCAGCAGCCGCAAGAAGGGAACAGAAACGCAGACAGGAAAAAGAAAAGAUAUUACAAGAAGAUGAUCCGGAGAAGCAAAGGAAAUGGGAAGAAAAGGAAAUGAAGAGACAGAUGAAGAAAAAAGCUCCCAAAAUGAAGCAGUUAAAAGUGAAAGCUUUGUAA